AUGAGCGCCGCUGAGACACUGAGAUCCGGCACGAGCAAGGGCUUGAAGUUCACCAAUACGUUGACCCGGGAAAAGGAAGACUUCCGGGCCAUCGAUGAUGAGAACGUACGCCUUUAUGUCUGCGGACCGACGGUCUAUGACUUCGCGCAUAUCGGAAACGCACGGCCGGUCAUCGUCUUCGACGUACUCUAUCGGUUGCUGCGCCAUGUUUACGGCCCAGGCCAUGUGACCUAUGCGCGCAACAUCACGGACGUCGACGACAAGAUCAACGCGAGGGCGUUGCGGGAUCAUCCUGACCUGCCCUUGAAUGAUGCAAUCGCAAAGGUAACUCAAAGAACCGCGGACCAGUUCCACAAGGAUAUCAGGGCGCUUGGCGUUCUGCAGCCUGAUCACGAACCACGUGCUACCCAGCAUAUUGACGGUAUGGUCAAGAUGAUCGGGCAACUGAUUGAAAAAGGGCACGCCUACCAGGCGGGCGGCGAAGUGCUGUUCGAUACCGCGUCGAUGCCGGAUUACGGGGGACUGUCGAAACGCAAACUCGAUGAGCAGAAGGCCGGAGCCCGCGUUGCUGUCGACAGGCACAAGAAAAGCCCUGGCGAUUUCGUGCUCUGGAAAUUGUCAUCGGACGAGGAACCGGGUUGGGAAAGCCCCUGGGGAAGGGGGCGGCCAGGCUGGCAUAUCGAGUGCUCCGUCAUGAGUGAGCAUCACCUCGGACAGGUCUUCGAUAUUCACGGCGGCGGGCUCGAUCUGAUCUUCCCGCAUCAUGAAAACGAGAUUGCCCAGUCACGCUGUGCCCAUGGUACACGGACCAUGGCAAACUACUGGCUUCACAACGGCUUCCUGCAGGUUGAAGGCAAGAAGAUGUCCAAGUCCGAGGGCAAUUUCUUCACCAUCCAGGAGCUGCUGGAAACAGAAAACUUCGGUGGUCGGAAGUGGCCCGGUGAGGUGCUGCGUCUGGCAAUGUUGAUGACAAAUUACCGCGAGCCGAUCGACUUUUCCGUGCGCAAACUGGAAGAAGCAGAGAACCUUCUGUCGAAAUGGCCGAAGCUUGUCGAGACGACCGCGGCCCCGGAUGCCGAUGUUGUCAAAAUGCUCGCCGACGACAUGAAUACGGCCGGGGUUAUUCAGGCAUUGCACGCAUUGGCGGUUGAAGCCGGCAAGGACCCGUCGGGACUUGCGACCUAUUCUGCGACCGCCAACCUGAUGGGGCUUGCGCCGGUCGAAGCGGAUAUGUCGGGUGUCGACGAGACCGCAGUCGAGGCCGCCGUGACCCGCCGUCUCGAAGCAUUGAAGACGAAAGACUGGACAGAGGCGGACAGCAUCCGGGCUGAACUGGCAUCUCAAGGAAUUCUUCUAAAGGAUUCCAAAGACUCAGAAACCGGCGAACGCCUCACGACCUGGGAGCUAAAGCGAUGA